AUGGUUGAUUCUGGUAGGUUUGAGACGGAUCUUAAGACAUUAUAUUUAAAACGUAGUAGCAUAAAGGGUCGCAUAACUAAAUUUAAAAAUUACUUAGAUGACUUAACAUCAAUUAAGGAUAUCUCAGACUUAGAGUUAAGUAAAUGUGCGAUGAAAUUAUCAAGAAUUGAGUCUUUAUUCUCUGAGUUCGAGGAGUUGCAAAACCAGAUCGAGGAGAAAAUAGCAGCCUCUGAUCUAGAUACUGAGUUGAUUUCGCGUGAGCUAAUUGAACAAGAUUUUGAUAACUGCAUUUCUAUUGGUCGUAGUUUAGUGCAAAGGGGCUUACAGCCUAACCAACCCAGCCCUCAUUGUUCAAAUAACGAUAGCCAUUUUACUUCAGUUAAUGAAUCCGAGCAAGAGUUAACUGACAUAGAUGAUCAAUUAUCUAAAUUCUGGGAGUUAGAAAGUGUCCCACAAACUAAGGCUCUAACAAAUGAGGAAAGGCUUUGCCAGGAGCAUUUUUUAAUGAAUACCGUUCGUGAUCAUGAUGGAAGGUUUUGCGUAGGGUUGCCUCUCCGAAUUAAAAAAAAUUGUCUUGGCAAUUCAUAUUCACUGGCCAAAAAAAGGUUUAUGAAUUUAGAGAAGCGUUUCAAAUUAAAGCCACAACUCAAGGAGCUCUACGUUCAAUUUAUUCAGGAAUACGCCAAGCUUGGUCAUCUCUCGCCGUCUCCUAUAAAAAAGCCAAUUAAUGCAUAUUUUCUUCCUCAUCACCCGGUGAUGAAGGAAAAGAGCGAGUCUACAAGGCUUCGUGUAGUAUUCGACGCCUCCGCGCAAACUACUUCUGGUAUGUCAGUUAAUGAUUUACAGAUGAAAGGCCCUGUUAUCCAAGACUCCCUCAUUAAUAUUCUAUUACGAUUUAGAUUGUACAAAUACAUUAUUUCGGGCGACAUUGAAAAAAUGUAUCGUCAAGUUAAUGUCCGAGAGUCGGAUAGAAACCUUCAGUUAAUUUUGUGGCGUGAUAAGGAGUCCGAUCCUCUUCAAACUUUACAGUGCAUACUCUUACUUAUGGUUUUUCUAGCGCGAGUUUUUUGA